GUGGACGAAGGUGGAGCAUGCCCUGUCAACUCCUUGGGACAUACUUUCACGACUCGCUUGGGUUGUCCGGUGAUGCCUAUCUCUGGCGCGCGUUGCAACACCACGUCCCUACGCCCGGGGGGCAAUGAAGGGCGCCACGCCUCUCAACGUCAACCAACAACUCCCAAAUCCGGUUGUGAAUAGCCGAGACGUGCCCUUCGUGAGGAGCAUGAGGAGAGAGAUAGACGGAUGCAUUGAGUAUAAUACGCGAUCACGCCACUACUCCUCGUCCGCCUCUGCUUGUUCCGACUGCAGCAGCCCCCUACUCAUCUGCUCCGCCUCUCAUCAAUUCCCCGUUGCCCUCUGACGCCGUUCGGUUCGUCAGCUCCACCUCGACAAAGCUGCACAACACUUUCAGUGACCAAUUUCGGUUGGUUGUACGGUUUACGUGUUGCUGAGCCUGAGUUUCUUUCGUGCGAAUUGCCUCGGAGACCGACGAACUACACCAUGGCGGGCGACACCGUAGCUACAAGCGUCCGUGAGGAGCCAGUUACCAAUGCCAGUUGGCUGGACAAGUGGCGCUGGUACGAGCGUAAUACCUCCAAGGAAGAGAAGGUGUUGUUGCGCAAGCUUGAUUUCAUGAUCUUGACUUUUGGUUGCCUCACUUUCUUCACAAAGUUUCUCGACCUCCAAGCCUUCCAAAAUGCCUACGUCAGUGGAAUGAAAGAGGAUGUUGGCAUGCAAGGCAAUGACUUGCAAUACACCACUGGUGUUUUCCAAGCAGGAUACUGCGCUGCCAUGAUCCCCUCCAACAUCAUUCUCACUCGUGUUCGGCCCAACAUUCUUAUCCCGGCGUUCGAGAUCCUCUGGGGCAUCCUGACUCUUCUCACGGCUUUCGUCAAAGAUAUCAAGCAUGUUUAUAUCAUCCGAUUCUUCAGUGGUGUGUUCGAGUGUGUGGCCUAUCCUGGCGUCAUCUACUGUAUCGGAUGUUGGUACAAGAGCACCGAGAUCUCACGCCGGCUGAGUUUGUUCUACGUUGCGGGUCCUCUAGGAACUAUGUUUGCCGGCUACUUCCAGACCGCCUGCUACACCAACCUCAACGGCGUCAAUGGCCUCGAGGGAUGGCGCUGGCUCUUCAUCGUCUGCGGCUGCAUCACCCUCCCCGUCGCCAUCCUCGGCGCCGUCGUAUUCCCCGCUCGACCCGAUUCCAAGAACCCCUCGUGGCUCCUGACAUCCGACCAAAUCGCCCUUGCUCGCCGCCGCGUCUCCGAGGGCGGAUCCGAGGCCCCCAAGGUCAAGUUCGACCGCAAGGCCAUCACCGAUGUCUUCAAGGGCUGGCACUGGUACGCCUUUGUCGGCUUGUACUUUGUCUUCAACCAGGCCAUGAUCACCAACGGACAGCCUUUCAAUCUGUAUCUCAAGGCGAACAACGAUCGUUACUCCAUCAGCCAGAUUAACAACCUUCCCACCGGACAGUCUGCCAUUUCCAUUGUGGCGGCGUUGGUUGGAUGCUACUGGGCUGAUGCGACGGGUAAGCGCUGGCUGCCUUCCAUCUGGAUCUGCGGCUGGAUGACUGUCGGUUCGAUCUGCAUGGCCGUGUGGAAUAUCCCCGAGGGACUCAAGUUCUUUGCCUUUUAUGUUGCCGGACUCGGCGGUGCGCUCAACCCGCUAUUCAUGUCCUGGGCUUCCGAGGUCACGUUCCGAUCUGCUGAAGAGCGUGCUGUCGUCGUCGCCUCCAUGAACGCAGUCGGCCAGGCUCUUCUCGCAGGCUUGAACAUUGUGACAUUCCCUACCCCUCUAGCCCCCAGAUUCAAGUUCGGUUGGUUCUGGGUCAUGGCCAACAACAUCCUCCAGGCCGGCUUGGUGAUGGGCAUCAUGGUCUUGCACAACCGCGAGAAGCGAGCCAUGCAGGUCCUCGAGGGCCAGGCAGAGGACGUGGAGCAGAUCAAAAUCGCCAAUGCCACCAAGGGCGAUGAUGAAUCGGCUUGAUUGAGGUAAUCUGUGGCCUCAGUGCUGGGAAUGUGACGGGGCGGAUGGGACUGCUCACCCCAUUUUCCCUUCUUAACCCCCCUGUUUUUUUGAUUUUCUGUCUAAUUAGCUACUCGGAAGCGCGGCGUCCUGGAGUCUGUCAGUUGGGGGGCUUCAUGAUACCCUGUGCCACACCGAGAACCAGCCGCCGGUUGGGGGCUGUGGCUACAAUUUUGGAUUUGAUGCUUGUGG